AUGCACUCACUGGCCGAAGAUGGCCUAGACGGUGGCGUUGAAACCAAAAGGCGAUCAGUGAUAGUUAUGGAACCUGUGGCUAUUCGCAGUGGUGAUGGUGGUGAUGAUGGUGGUGGUGGUGGUGGUGGUGAUGAUGAUGUUGAUGAUGUUGUGAAUGACGGCGGUGGUGGUAUGCGUACAUGUUUCAUUGCCGAAGCGAAACCUCCAGUCGCUCCACAUGGAGGUUCAGCGAUGCCGAUCACUCAGGGUCUUUGCGGUGCGAUGACCGUGGGACAGACCACCCCCCGAAAAGAAUCGGUCCCUACUUGCAGCCAUCCCGACCCAGCAGCUGGCAAGAGUAAGUUUGCGGUGGGUUCUUCUGCCCGGGGAAGAUCCCGAGAUUCUGGACGAGCUGCUGAUGAUUAUGAUGAUGAUCCAAUUCCAUGA